AUAAACCAUUUGAUCAUGAAAUGUGAAGGACUAACCCAUGAGCGUGUAACAUGACGGACCUAAGGGCCCUGCGGAAGCCAGCCAGCCGAGCUCGACGCAGGGAGCCCGGAAGGACCGAUGCCAACAAAAUGGCUCUACUUGUCAAGAAUCUUUUCCAAGUGGUCAACAAGCCUUUUUUGCAAUGGAAUAGGUUCUCAGUGCUUUGGACGUCAGUCAGCUCUGUGAUGCAGAAGCAUUUGAUUAUUCCUGCUGCAAUGAAGCCCAUGGUUUGGCCAGAUCAUUACAAAGUGAGACCAAUUGCCAUGUUGUUUCUUGAACCACAUCAGCAGCAAGGCAUACAGAACUGUGCUGGAAUGAAAACAAAGAGUGCUCUACAGAAGCGCUGCAAGGACUGCUUCUUUGUGCGUCGACGGGGUCGCUUGUAUGUGUAUUGCAAGACUCAUCCUCGGCACAAACAAAGGCAAGGUUAACCUGGAGACAAAGUUCAAUGGUUAAUAAAUUGCAAAUCAGAACUUAAAACAUGUACUAAAUAAUUUUGUAUUUUUAUUAAUGCUCACCAGUUUUGAACAAUAUUUUGUGAAAGUCAAAACUUUGUUAUACAUUUUAGUUUGCAUUAUUGUUUGGAAGAAUUAAGUUUGAAUUAUAUGUAAAAGUGUUGAGCGGCUCAAAUAUAGUCAAUGAAACAUAUAAUUAUUUUAUAUAAAAUAAGUGACUUGUAUUGAAAUUUUCGUAAUCUGACAGUACCCCAAAGGUGUUGCUGGAGCAAAUAAAAUGCUUUUGAAGUCUGGUCA